CCCGAGCGCCCAGCCCUGUGCUCCCUCGGCUACGGUGGGACCGAGCGGCUGCACAGCCUCCGUCGCUCCCGGCCGUGGGGGCCCUGCGGAGCAUGUCGGAGGAGAGCGCCAUGGAGAGAGCCAUCAAGGAAACCUCCAUUUUAGAGGAAUAUAAUAUCAACUGGACUCAGAAACUGGGAGCUGGAAUUAGCGGUCCAGUUAGAGUCUGUGUGAAGAAUUCCACCCAAGAACGGUUUGCACUGAAAAUUCUUUUUGAUCGUCCAAAAGCUAGAAAUGAGGUACGUCUGCACAUGAUGUGUGCCACACACCCAAAUAUAGUGCAAAUUAUUGAAGUGUUUGCUAACAGUGUACAGUUUCCUCAUGAGUCCAGCCCCAGGGCCCGACUCUUAAUUGUAAUGGAGAUGAUGGAAGGGGGAGAGCUAUUUCACAGAAUCAGCCAGCACCGGCACUUUACAGAGAAGCAAGCCAGCCAAGUAACAAAGCAGAUAGCUUUGGCUCUACAGCACUGUCACUUGUUAAACAUCGCACACAGAGACCUCAAGCCUGAGAAUCUGCUCUUCAAGGAUAACUCUUUGGACGCCCCAGUGAAGUUGUGUGAUUUUGGAUUUGCCAAAAUCGACCAAGGUGACUUGAUGACACCCCAGUUCACCCCUUACUAUGUAGCACCUCAGGUACUAGAGGCACAGAGAAGGCAUCAGAAGGAGAAAUCUGGCAUCAUACCUACCUCGCCAACACCCUACACUUACAACAAGAGCUGUGACUUGUGGUCCCUGGGAGUGAUCAUCUAUGUGAUGCUGUGCGGAUACCCUCCCUUUUACUCCAAACACCACAGUCGGACUAUCCCAAAGGACAUGCGGAGAAAGAUCAUGACAGGCAGUUUUGAGUUUCCAGAGGAAGAGUGGAGCCAGAUCUCAGAGAUGGCCAAAGACGUUGUGAGGAAGCUCUUAAAGGUCAAACCAGAGGAGAGACUCACCAUCGAGGGAGUGCUGGACCACCCCUGGCUAAACUCGACUGAGGCCCUGGAUAAUGUUCUACCCUCUGCUCAACUGAUGAUGGAUAAGGCGGUGGUUGCAGGAAUCCAGCAGGCUCAUGCAGAACAGUUGGCCAACAUGCGAAUCCAGGAUCUGAAAGUCAGCCUCAAGCCCCUGCACUCUGUGAACAACCCCAUUCUGAGGAAGAGGAAAUUACUCGGCACCAAGCCAAAGGAUGAUGUUUAUAUCCAUGAUCGUGAGAAUGGAGCCGAGGAUUCAAAUGUUGCCUUGGAAAAGCUCCGAGACGUGAUCGCUCAGUGUAUUCUCCCGCAGGCUGGUAAAGGAGAAAAUGAAGAUGAAAAGCUGAAUGAAGUAAUGCAAGAGGCUUGGAAGUAUAACCGAGAAUGCAAACUCCUAAGAGAUACUCUGCAGAGCUUCAGCUGGAAUGGUCGUGGAUUCACAGAUAAAGUAGAUCGGCUCAAACUGGCAGAAAUUGUGAAGCAAGUGAUAGAAGAGCAAACCACGUCCCAUGAAUCCCAAUAAUGACAGCUUCAGACUUUGUUUUUUUACAAUUUGAAAAACUAUUCUUUAAUGUAUAAAGUAAUUUUUAUGUAAAUUAAUAAAUCAUAAUUUCAUUUCCACAUUGCUUCAAGAUGCUGUAUAAAUUUAGAUAUGGUAUUUACUAAUAGUGUAGUUCAUUUGUUUUUAAGAAAAGCUCAGUUUCUAGAGAUACACUAUUUAGGACUGUUUAGUCAUGUUUGUAAGAUGACAGAUGAUAUUGUCAAACAAGAUUGUUUUAUUUGUAAUAAAGUAUAUAAAAACCACUUGCCAGCAGUAGACAAAGGACCAACUAUACUGAUCUUUCUGCUUAGUAAACAGUUGAAUCAGAUACUGUGGAAUUUGGUUUCGAUUGCCCUGUGUAUUUACUUUUUGCACUAUUGGUAGAUUAGCUCUGGUGCCAAGAAAUGUCUGUGGAUCCAUGAUGCAGACUGCCUGCUGAAACUCACAGGACACCAGCACCCUUGGUGGGAGAGGCAGGGAGCUUAGCCUUCAUUUCUGUGUCCUGAAUUCCCAAGAGAAAAGUGGUAACACUUUUUUUUUUCUGGUCAUGUUCGUUAAAAGGUAUUGGUGUGAUUUUUAAAUCUAAUGGAUCCUUUUGAGUUUAUUCUUUUCAUGCUUAAUCAAAGUUUCAGUUUCCCUUCCCCUGAGAUCCGACUCUGUCCUCUCCUUUCUGGCAGCCCUUUCCAGUUCCACUGUGUCUUAUUUUCUUUCCCUGUUCUUCUGGCCCUCUUAUGGGAUGAUUUUUCUGAGAAAGUUACAUUUCAUGAAAAAUGGACUCCUAGCUUAGCAUCCAAGAAGGUUCAGGUUUUUUUCUCUUUAAGCUGCCAUUUUUCUCUGUAAUAUUUCUGCCUGGGUUUCAUGUUGGCAUCCCCUGGACUGCAUAUAUUUUGUUCUGCUGCCUUCAUUUUCAAGAAGCAUGCUUCUGGCUGAGUUCAGCUGUUUGAAUGGAAAACAAGGCUGGAUGCUUUCCUGUUUUUUUGGUUUUGUUUUUGCAGAUGCAUUUCCAUAACAAAUCAUGUUUAUUUAAUUAUUUUAAAGCUGUUUUUGGUGGGCACCUGUGUUGGUAAAUAGAAGAAAUAAUAGGCAAACUCCAAUUUGCAAAGCAGAGGAAAAAGGAUCAGUAGGCUCAAAUAUUCAUUUUUAUCCUGUCACAUUCUCGUCAAUCAAAAUCCAUUCCACAGAGCUAACUUAUUUUCUAAUUCUUCCAUUUUUCUGAGUAUGUCAUCAAGGUGACAUUUGGUUAGUAUGCCCCAUCUAUGUGUGUUACUGUGGAAAUACAUGAUAAUACAAGGUAUCUUUUAAGAGUUGCUUUUUUACAUUGGUUCCCUUUUAUCUUGGAGAAUUUGUAAUUCAGGUAUUUUUUGAGGUAUGAUUCACUAAUAUUAGGUGACUGAUAACUGUUAUAAAUGGAUACCCUGUAAGGAGCAUUCAGUACUUUUAAACAUGCCAAAAUUUAAGAGGCAGCAGAGGAAAACUGUUUUCUUAUUUACUGACCAGAAAACUUAGCUAAAAGUUGAAUUGAGGGUUGCAUUACAUUAUUCUAUUUUUUAGUGAAAUGCAGUCUUACAAAUCACUUCUUGCAGUCAGGAAAAACUAUACUUGUUUCUAGAAUAAUUGAUUGCUUGUUGUUUUUCUUAGGGCAGAGGUUCAGCAGUCACUGGGGAUAGAAGGUAGUAAUAAACUGUGUUAAAUUUUUCUUCAGAGUAACUUUCUGGCAUGCCAAGUCUACCAUUAAGUUCUCAGGUUUGUUGUUUCAGUAUCUUCUAAUGGUUCAGGAUGGUUUUAUUCCUUCAGUGUGUGAUGAAUUUUAGGCAUGAUGGAGGCAGGGUAUCCAAAAUGGUGGUCCUGUUUAUCUGAGCAGCAGUUGUCCAUGUGUGUCAGUUGUCUGAGACGGAAUGAAUCUGACAUCCCAAAUGUGCACUGUCUCCAGACAUGCCCAAAAGAACCCCAGGCUGGAAGUUUGUGAAUACCCUGCAGGAUGCUCCAGCUGUUGUAACUCAAAAGUGGGUCCUACCCUGGACAGAGCUCCUUGACAAUACCAUAGCUCCCAAAGGACUCGGCAGUGUUAGAUCUUUAAAGAGGAAUUUUCUACGUCGAGUGAGAUUGUAGGCCAGUAGCAAGUACUUCCUUAACAAACCAGUCAGGUUCACUAAUAGAGCAAAAUUUGCACAUAACUGGGAGUGAGACAAAAUCAUCCUUGUCUCUUUUGGCCUGCCUCUCUAAUGCCUAAACCUGCAGCUAACAGUUCUUGUAGGCAGGAGGUUAGAGUCUCCAGUUUUACCACAUGAUUUGCUAACCUCUGCUUACUUAAAGCCAUUACUUAUCACUCAGAUACCUUUAGGCAUUACCAUAGUUACAAAUCUGCUUGAUGUAAAAACAACUUGUAUAUCUUUCUAGCUAAUAUGUUGUAUAAGCAUAGGAGACUAUCUGUCAGAAAUUUAUCAUUGGAAACAUUGAUAGGAGGAACUACUUCUGAAAAAGAGUUUUGUUCUUGUAUUUAUUUAAGAAAGAACAAGUUGCAAUUAUUGAAGAAAAAGUCAAAUGAUUUAAAUCAGAUCAUGUGUAUGAAUGCUUGUGUGUAUGUUAUUUAUUGAAAAUGUUUCAAUUUUAGAACUGGAAAAUUAUUGGCUAUUUAAUUUUAAUUAUAUUUUUAUUUAUUUAAAAAGUAGAGGUUUUCUUUCAUUGUUGAUUUAAUUCUUUAAUUCCACAAAAUGACUUAACCUAAUUUCCCCUGCCUGUUUUGGUUAAGACACAGGGAAACAUGUUAAAUCUGAUAAUUUCUAAAUCAUAAUUUACUAUAUACAUAAAUAUAUAAAUUAUAUAUAAUUACUAUAUAACUGUAAGAGGCUUUCCUCUUAUAUAAACAACAAGGGAAAAAGAAAUCCAACUUUCCCUUUUUGCUGUAGAUUUUUAAAAUGGUUUGUGAUAUGACUAAAUUUUCUUGCUAGAUGCUAA